AGUGCAUACAUUUCUGAACAAGAAAGUUCUCGUCGGUAAUUUUGAAACCUACGUAAUAUGGUAACAUGGACAGUCCUUGUUCCCGAUCAUGAGUGGUUUGUUUUCGUACGCCCGACCGCGAGACACGCGGCCGGUCGCACAGCUGGGUGCGGAGCUGCGACUGGCGGCGCAGGCACGAGUGCACCGGUCGGGUACGGUACAGCGAUUGCUAGCGGCAAGGGUAAAAAAGAAUACAUGCAACACACACAGCAAAGAGUGGUCUGCCAUCAACAAUCCGUCUUCGAACAAGAGACACUUGGCCGAGGACGACGUUGGAGGUGUGUGCAACGACCUCACGAUAGAAGAUAACUCUGGCGUAAACAGCAGCGGAAGUUGUAGUAGAAAUAAAGCUCGUGCAGUCGGUGGGGGGAACGAGCAAUAUUGUUUACCGCCUGUACGUCAUCGCGAAACCCAAAGCUCAUCGGGGACGGUCACCUCUUCUUCGCCACAUCGCGGCAGUUUCAAUAAGAGUCAAAAAAAUCCGGCGUUACUAGUAACCACACCAAGUGGACGAGGAGGUAGAAGAACCGCAGCCCCACCUCGCGAAGAAGCAGAGCCGCUGUUCGGGGGCCGACAGGCGUCUUUUCGGUCCCCUGAGCUCCCGGUGCCGACGGGGUUCGCUGCGGAACGGCGCGCUGCACGAAAUUCUAUUGGGGACGAGAAAAGUAGUAGAGCGGGAGCCACCUCCGAGCAGGGCACCGUAGGGCGUGACGAAGGUGAAAGAGCUAGACUCCUCGGAGCGGCACGAGUCGCUAGUCUGGAGGAUCCGAAAACGCUGGGUCUUCAUAUCAGAUGCAAAUGUGCUGUCUGGGUCGGGAAGACUGCCGAGGUUUGUCACGCUGCUCUGACACGAGAGAAGAACCUGCCCUGCUCAAUGCGAUAGUACAGACUCCUUGCUUUGCCAUGCAGAAAUGCGGUCUCUCACUCCGUUUGCGUAUGACAGAGCCGCUCAAAAGAUUGUCAUGCCUGGCUCUGACGAGGAGGCUGCUUACUAUCCGCGCAGUAGCAUCCCAAGUUUUUUUUUCCGGACCCUGACAUAUUUGCAAUGCAUACUUCAUCGUGCAGAUGAUCCCGAUAGAAAUGAUUCGCCGAAAAAUUACAGGUAUGCAUCGCAAAUACCACUGGAUGUGUGAGGAUCUGUGUUGCUGGUACUCGCGUCGCGGAGUAACUGCUUGUAUGGCGCAACAGCAUCGGAAGCUUUGCAAGGCUUAUUGCAGAUUCAUUGGCAAAGCGAAUGGCAGACUGAUUUUCCACGCAUGACAAAGAAACUGGCUGCUCGUAUUCAUGCAUUUCUUUGAGCUGCUCAGCCUUCGAACCCCGCAUCUCAAUUCCAGAACACCAGACAUAUUUGCAGUGCAUAAUAAGCCGGUCGUUCUGAAAUCCGGUAGCGUGGUGCGGCCGACGAGGUACCGGCUGUUUCUGCGUUGCUCUUAUGCAUCGCAAAUAUUUCUCGGUCUGGAAGGACGCAACUCUGAUGCUGAUUCACGAACGGGAAAACAUCUGCGUUGCAUAGAGGGCAAAAGAUAUGCGCUUUUUGUCUCCUCGAGAGGGUGUUUAGGCAUGCAGAGGUCUUCACAGAGUUUCUUUGUGAUGCUCUGUGUGCAUUUCUGAAAAAAAUGCAUGCCAAGUGUCUGGCUUGUCCCAGACGAGCGAGACACAUUUGCAAUUGAUAGCUCCCGAAAUUUUGCGCGCAGCACCGUGCGGCCCAGGGCCGAGAGGGACCGGACCCGCGGAGUCAAGCCGCAUUUGGGAACCGAGGCCCGCGUUCUUGAGGGGACAAGUGAUCCUGGUACGGCUACUCGUACCGAUAUGAGCUACUCUGGAGCAGGAUCAGCACGCCUAGCACCCACGUCAACAAGUGCUGUGCUGGCACCGUCGCCGCGACCCUGGGUUCAGGACUUCGUUUCGUCGGGGGACGCAACGCCAGAUGGUAAUCAAGAUCAAAGGAGAAGAAUCAAGGAAAAAGCCCCAUCGACGAGCCAGCACUACUACAAUCCGGGCCUGUACGAGGAGCGGAAGCGGCUCCGGAACUUCCUCAAGUACGAAGUUCUGAAGUCCGACCAGGCCCGGAUCCCCGACAUUUUCAUCCCCAUCGAUAAGCCCUACUGCGCGAUCGUAAGUUUUGCCGACCCGCUGCAGCGGGACCAGGUUCUGCGGGAGAAGCGGAAAUUGUUCGAAAACGCACAGCUUUUCCUGCCGGGCGAACUGGAAACGGUGGAGGUAUACGGGAAAAAAUAAUUUUGAUUUUCGGGGAGAUGAAAAUUAGUAAACUGUGAAAUGAACUUCUUCUGCGUGUCGAAAUUGAGUAUGUUUUUUUUUGAGUGAAAAAAUGAUGUGGACUAUCGCUAAAAGCGGAGAAGGAGAAUUUUUUUUUAAUCAGAAAUAAGAUCUGCUCAGCCACUCCGUCUUCGAUCGAUUCCAGCGCGCGUGAAAUUCUGAUUUCCAC